AUGGCUCCGUCAUUGCAAACAAUCCCUCCCGAACUAUUUCAGGGCAUUGCGACCUUGCUGCUGACCCCAGACCAAGCAAGUCUCUGUCGCACAUGCAAGACCAUCAACCACAGCUUGACUCCAAUUCUUUGGCGUGAAAUCGAGUUGCACCAUCGUGGCACUCAUGAGGGUGUAGAUAUUGAAGACGACGUUGAUAUUUUCACAUUAUCCAAAAGGCACCCGGGCCGCAAUUUCCAGCCAGAGCCUGAUGCCGCGUACUAUGCCGAGUAUCCAUACGACAAACUUGUGCGGGAGCCCUCGGAGCGCAAAUAUGCUCAGGCCGAGUUCAAUUCAGAUCCUGACAAAUGGGAAAAGCGCCUUGAGAAGAGAUGGAGUUUCUUGCAAGUCAUUAAAAGUCCUGCAAGUAGACUAUCUCAAAUGCGCGGUCGCAGAAACUUUCAGUUCGGAAGGGAAGAACUGUUUGUCUGCGUCCGCGGCUUUAGCUCCCGGGACCGUUGGGAUGAUCUGGCACAGCACGUACGCUCUCUGUGCAUGUCCAUCGGUGUGGACGGCGAAGUGGCAGAAGUCAUUGGCAGCUUUCCGAAUCUGACGUCCCUGGAGCUCAUUGGGCUGCCUUUAAAUAAUGGCCAUUCCCCAUUAGCUCCAGAUAUCUACCUACCAAAGCUGCAGAACCUCAAGCUUCGCGGUUAUCUUUCGGGUGCUUUUGUAAGAAACGUUUGCAAUAAUGCGAAACACAUCAAGCAUCUGGAUAUUGGUAUACUUGCCACGCCGACAGACGAUAAAGCUUAUCGACAGAUACUCUUGAACGAGGUCUACGACCUAAUGCCAGUUACUGAAGAGCAGGCCGACAAUAUCCAACGGAAUGGGGCAGAGGCUGUCGCACUUGCGAACGAUAGUGACAACAAUAAAGGAACUGAUACCGAGUACUCUGAUGACGAGAAUGACCAUGAGAGUCGACCUUGGGCUCUACAUGCACCAAUAUGGCUGCCGAGAACGCUACCUGCAAGACUUACAUCGCUCACCCAUCUUCAUCUAGUCAAGCCGUAUACUGGCCAGGCAAGUGUUGGCGACGUCGGAACCAUAGGGUUCAGAGGUAUUUCUGGUCAGUAUGAGCAGCUCCUCUGCCUUGAGUGGGCUGCAUUACUCAAAGGCGUCGCGGCUACACUGAAAGAGGUUAUUCUCGAGCACAGAAUCCCGCAAAAGGUGGGCGAUACCGUUCGCGAUGGUGAUUCAGUUCCGAAUCACAAAGGAUCUUACCGAAGCGACGAAAUGGCCCCUCACCUGUUGAAUCCGGAUUGGGGGGACGUCAUCUUUUGCCGAAAAGUAUUGCCACUGUUUCUUGAGCAGAGUGGCUCUUUCGCAAGUCUCCGUCGCCUUGUAUUCCGAGGCAUCCAAGUUAAAGGCAUUAGAAGACGUCUGGACAGCAUUGAGAUACCUGGAGAGAACGGAGUGCCCGACAAUGAUGAGCUCUUACAAAAAGCUUAUCGCGGCUGCGACAUUGAGAUUUUUGAAGAGUCGUACCCCAUCCACGUGUACGCCGGCGAUGUACACGACGACUGGAGCCCGCACAGACAUGAAUCCACGCAGGACCAGGGUGAUGGCCUGCUGUAUGAUGGAUCUUUUUACAAUGACUAUAAGAAGAGAUUCGGGCCUCAGUGGAAGAUUGUGGACUAA